CCGGAUUAUAUAUCAUAUUGCUGGUCCUGCCCACGUGUAAGCUGAGUUUCCAGAAUUUUUCUACAGAGUAUUUCACACGAAGCACAUCGUAAGCCUCCUAUUCGACAGCAUGUCUCUCGGACGUACCUUUAAGCUUAACUCGGGCUACGAAAUCCCAGCUGUGGGACUAGGGACCUGGCUUUCCAAACCGCAUGAAGUCGAAGACGCUGUCGAGGCUGCUCUUCGGACAGGGUAUCGCCAUAUCGACGGCGCAGUGAUCUACAGGAACGAGAACGAGGUCGGAAGAGGUUGGAAGAAGUCGGGUGUGCCGCGAGAACAGAUCUUCAUUACUAGCAAGCUCUGGAACACACAUCACCGCCCCGAACACGUGGAAGCGCAACUCGACAAGACUCUCGAAGACCUUCAGACCGAUUAUCUGGAUCUAUACCUGAUCCAUUGGCCGGUAUCUUUCGAAUAUGCCGGGGAAGAUCUGAAGCCCGUCGACCCAGUUACCAAGCGAUUCAAACUAGCCGAUGUCCCCAUUGCCGACACCUGGAAGGCCAUGGAGAAGCUGGUUAAAUCAGGCAAGGUCCGGAGUAUUGGUGUGAGCAAUUUCACCCAGGAACAUGUCGAGGAGCUCCUCAAGACCGCGGAGAUUCCACCAGCUGCGAACCAGAUCGAAGCGCAUCCGUAUCUCCUGCAGCCAAAGUUGACACAGUAUCUCAAGGAUAAGAAUAUCCUCCCUAUCGCAUAUAGUCCUCUUGGUAACAACCUCGCUGGCCUCCCACGUGUCAUCGACGACCCAUUCGUUAAAGAGUUGGCCAGUUCAUUGAACAAAGAUCCAGCCCAAUUGCUGAUCUCCUGGGGCGUACAACGAGGGACAGCCGUGCUAUCCAAGAGCGUGACACCGUCCCGAAUCGAGAGCAAUUUCCAAGACUUCAUCCUUCCCGAUCCGAUCUUCGAAACUCUAAAUCGACUGGACCGCCAUGUCCGAUACGGACUUCCUUUCCAGUGGGGUCUGGAUAUCUUCGGAGAGGAGGGUACCGAAGAGAUCGAAAGACGCGCUGAAGAGUUCGCGGCGAAGCAAAGAGAGCAGGCAUGAUAAUAUGUCCGAUAUGGAAUUCCUCUCCUGGCGAAGCAUCGGAAUAUAUAGCAGCGUACAGUCCGCUCCGUUGAACAUGUAUUUCCACAAUC